CACUUCCCAUGUUGUCAGCCAUUGAGACAGCCUCAUGCAAAGAAUAAUGAGAUCAUUCACAAGCUGUCAGUCUACAGACAUGGAGUGGUUGUUUUGCUUUUCCCUCCUGCUCACCUACCUGCCAGCAACAGAGAGCUGCUUAUCACAGCCGAACAAGGUGAUCUGGCGGAAAACAGGGCAGAGUGCUGUUCUCCCUUGUACCGUCAGUUCAAAUUGUUCCUCCAGAUACAGGCAGUAUGAGUGGUUUACUUUCAAAGACAACUUCCAUUUUCGCAUACGGCUUGACAAUCAUCUCAAGUACACGCUGGACGGAGCCUCUUUACGCAUCAAGUCACUUCAUACUAACGACAGCGGGAUCUACCUCUGUGCUGCAGUAUCGCAUGGAGACCCGGCACCUGACGCACAGCAUGUGGGGUUGGGUACAACUCUUGUAGUGAGGGAAAAAGUUAAAAUAAUGGUGAGGAACAUUCUUCUGUGGUUGUCAUUUGUCCUCUUGGCCAUCUACAGCUUGGCAAUCGUGACACUUAUUAUAAAGAAGUAUGGCUGCAAUAUGAGCAUCUGCAAAAGGGCCCCCAUAACUGACAGGGAUAACUCAACUAAAAAAAAACAAUUCCGUGAUGUGCUGCAAGAGAUGUACAGCAAGAGGAACUCGGAGAGACAGAAACAAACUGUGAGCAGAAACCGUCCUCAAGUCAAGGCUGCAAGCACCGACCUCAACUCAACUGAUGACAUCUAUCAAAACGUCUAAAUGUCAUUCAGGGAUAUUAAAUGAUGGAUUCUGACUUCUAUUAUCCUGCCUGAGAGGACAUUCCAAAGCAAUGAAACACCUGGCGGAUGACGCAGUUAUGUGACUGAGGAAAUGAGCAAAUCGACAGAGGCUGCAGGGUAGCUGUGUGCUUGCUCACCUUUUCUCAUGAACCACAACAAAGGUCAUGAGUCACUGUUCCUUUUAUAGCUGCAGUUUUUCAGUUGCAGCAGUGACAAACACACAGCCCUCUAUUUGUGGUUUUAUCUAUUUCCUGUUGAUCGUAAUCACCAUUAGAGCGCCUCCGACAAUUUCAUUCUUUUGUAAACCAGAGCAGUGUUUAUGGGGAGGAAAAAUAAGAAAAUACAAUUCAAUUCAGAGAUGUAGGCACACAAUUUUAAUUCAUCAGUCUCAUUUCUUCCAUAUAGUUUGAAUUGUAAGCUGUUCGGUAGAAAAAUAAUUUGUGAAUUCUACUUGCAGGAAUAGAGAGUAAAAAGUGGCACACAUAUUUGACAUUUUCAGGACACAAAGAUCACGCUGUACACUAAUGAAAGUGGAAAUCAGAGGAGCAAGUGUGCAACAGUGCAAAUAGCGCCGUCAGAAGACGACGGCAAUCCUCUUCAGAGAAUUCAAGGUCACAUUUCCAUAAAAUGACAUCAAGAUUAUCAAAUUUUUGACCAAUGUGUUCUUGUGUUGAUCAAAAAACCUAAACGGUCACAUUCAGAUGUAAUUUGACUAUCAGUUGAUUAUUAUAAUCAAUGCAAUGACAAAAAAGGCACAUUGGGCACAUAUAAUGCAGUACAUCUUAAGUAGUAGUAGUAAGGUUAAAUGAUGAAAGCAAAGGUUGUAUUUCUAGUGUUGGGAGUGUCUCUAAAAAAAUCAUCAACACAUCAACAAUGAACUUACAGAAAGGCACAUUUAACAACCUGAUAUGUUUGAGGCAUCUUGCUGUGUCAUAUUCUGUACAAUGACUUUCACAUACAUCUGUUCACUGUAAAGAAUCUAGCCAAAUAACAUUAAAUAUUACCCAUGAAGUCCAAGUGGAUGUUUACAUGUCUAUGUGCAUUAUUUAUCCAUUAAAAACAGUGAUAUGAACUUUGAAACACAAGUCUGUAGAAGGCCCCACAGAUGCAAAUGCACGUCAGAGGUGCACAGUGAAGUAUUGCACUCUGAAGCACGGCUGGAGUUAAAGCUGGUAUUUGAAAGUUUGUCCAUGUUUGCAGCAAAGAUGAUUGUAUUUACUGCACUGCAGCCACUUAUUUGUAAUGUCUGAUGUGAUAUAUAUUCUGUUUUGUCAUUUGGUUAAAUGUUGUUAAAUGUAAAAUGUCAGAAAAACAUAAUAAAGUUACU